AGCCGCACAACCGGAUGUCAACAAACUUGACUUGAAUCAGCGAUCCAGUUCGCAUGGUUCUAUGAUCGCUGACAGUGAAAGGGACAAUGUGUGAACACGCAACUCUUCAGAGUGGGAUCCAUCACCCUGUUUUACGUUCAUGGCAAACUACGAAUACACAAAUCAGGGCAGAGAAUCUAAUAUAUCCAAUAUUUAUAACAGACAGUGAGGAUGACAUACAAGAGGUGGCCAGUAUGCCAGGUGUGGCCAGGUACGGCAUCAACACACUACGCCAGGCCCUGGAACCCAUGGUACAGAACGGCCUCAAGUGUGUCCUUAUAUUUGGCGUCCCCAGUAAACUACCAAAGGACAACAAUGGUACUGCAGCUGAUACCCCUGACACCCCAGCCAUCCUGGCCAUCAAAAUGCUGAGAAGCUGGUUCCCCAACUUACUGGUGGCCUGUGAUGUUUGCCUCUGUCCAUAUACAUGUCAUGGACAUUGUGGUAUUCUACGUGAAGAUGGAAGCAUAGAUAAUGUUGCCAGCAUCAAAAGACUUGCAGAGAUAGCAGUGACCUAUGCCAAAGCAGGUUGCCAGAUUAUUGCCCCCUCAGACAUGAUGGACGGUAGGAUCGGCUCUAUAAAAGCUGCCCUGUCAGGGGCGGGAUACGGGAACAGAGUGGCAAUUAUGAGCUACAGCGCCAAGUUUGCCUCCUCAUUCUACGGACCAUUCAGAGAUGCUGCAAAGUCAGCUCCCUCGUUUGGAGACAGGAAAGCUUACCAGCUGCCCUUUGGAUCCAGCGGUUUGGCCGAGCGAGCUGUUGAUCGGGACGUCAAAGAAGGUGCAGACAUGCUGAUGGUUAAGCCUGGUCUAGCGUACCUCGACAUCGUCAAAACGACCAAAGAAAAGUAUCCAACACACCCACUGGCUAUUUAUCAAGUGUCUGGAGAGUAUGCCAUGCUGUAUCAUGGAGCCAAAGCGGGUGCAUUCGAUUUGAAGACAACUCUGAUGGAGGUGUUGUGUAGCAUGCGGCGGGCAGGAGCUGACAUUAUCAUCUCUUAUUUUACACCGCAAGUCUUGGAGUGGCUGAAGACGUAGGACAGAGAACCAGGACAGAAAAGCAGUCCAGGGCAGCCAUUGCAUCAUAACAAAAAUAAUUAAACACCAAAACAAACAUGGUGAUUGUGAAAAACCAAAGGCAAAACAAACAGUAUCAAUUAAAACAUGUUUUGCAUUUGAACUGGGGAAAAAUUCUCAGCUAUUGAUUUACAGGAAAAAUUCUCACACCUGUUAUAUAAAAAAAAUUAACGCAAAAUAUGAGAAAAUUACAACACAUACUUGAAUAAUUAUUUUUUUGUAGUAAAUUUAAUAUCAUAUACAAUUGCCUGUUUAAUUUGGUUGUCAGAGAGCUUUUAUUAUUUUUUUUUUUGGGGGGGGGGGGGGGUGGGUUGGGUUGGGGGAGGGGUUGCUGAGUCUUAUAAAUACAUUUCUUUUUAUGUUCUUAUCUAACUAUACAUGUUAGUGGAUCAUAGUGGUUGCUACAAGAACUUUCUCACUGGGGAUCUAGUGUUGAGGGCACUGGGGAUCUAGUGUUGAGGGCACUGGGGAUCUAGUGUUGAGGGCACUGGGGAUCUAGUGUUGAGGGCUUUCUUGGUCAAGUCAAAAUAUCAUUGGAAAAGGUUCAACUUGUUUUUCUCUAGAUAGCAUAAUCUUGAGGACAAUUAAUACAUUUGAUUUCAUAAUAAAUAUAUGUGUUCAUCUAAUAUGUUAGGGCCACACUGCCAGAAUCUCUGUGAAGGAGACAGAAAGAGCCCUGGCCUAGUGUUAGAGGAGAUUUCAAUGCGCUUAUAACAGCAUUGAUUAACACAUGGUGACACCAAAAUGGCACACAUCAAUUUUUCCUUGUGCAUUGAUUAUUGGUAAUCUGAGUUGUCCAACUUGCAUUACAUAUGCAAGGAAGAUAACUCUUCCGUAUAAAAAAAAUUAUGAUUUGUCUUGGGCAUUGCAUUUACUUAAAAAAAGCAUUUGUCUGGAUAUAAAAAUCUUUGUUUGCUAAAAAUGAAUAAAAAAAAAUUGUUAUAUUUACUGAAUAAAAUAUUAAUACAUUA